CUCGCUAAAACGUCUUCGCGACAAGACAAAUCUUUAGUUUUUAAUUAGGGAAAAAUUUUAAGAAAAAGUGCUACUCAGGAACGUCACACAACGUCCGUUCAGUUUGAAUCAUCUUAUCGUGUGAUUGCAGUGCGUUCAGAAUUCACGUGAAAGUGUCUCUUUUUUUUUUUUGUCUGUGUGUCGUUGUCCAAUGUCCGUCAUGACAUCAUCAACUGACUGUUGCAUUAUUCAGACGUGCUACACGGUGCACGCACGUCAUUGAUGGCGAUUUCUUUCUUCUCUCCUUGUCUUCCGUUCUCAAUUUUGUUUUUGUCAACGUUCAUUGUUUGACUUGACGGCCUCUUGACUUGUGAGUACGCAACAAACGUCGAACAUCACCUGGCCCAGUUGUAAUCAACAUUUUGUUUUCCCGUUGUGUAGGUGUCGCUUUCUGUUUUGAGCCCUGCAGUUAUUACCACCUGCACGAGUGCUACGGUCGUUACUUGAAAUUUGGCCGUCAGCUGUUACUUGCAAGUAACCAAUGUGAAAUUGCGUUAGUUGCGAGUGAGACUUUUAGUGCAAGAAGUAAACAACAAAAAAAAAAAAAAAAUUCGCCAGAACACGAAACCCCAAAAAUACCGUGAGAGUUUAUUCCGUUCAUUUUCAAAAGAUUCUUGCAACGUGUUGUGUGUGCGUGAAACGUGCGUACCGGAGACAGUUGGGAUUCGCCCGCCAAGUGCAAAACCAUCAUCGUCUUCUGUGGCAACAGAUCGACCGUGACGGAAGCCGGGAGGAAUUCGAAAAACGAGAAGAAAGUGGGGUGAGCUAAUCAUCCGACUGCAAAUCUGAUACUUCCCAAUUGGCAGACUGAAGAAGAAAGCCAACACAAAGACAACAACAACAAAAAAAAUCAGCAAAAUGGCCGAGUCGUGGGAAAUGACCGGCCGUGAACGUCGGUAUUCGGUGCCGGCCAUCGCCCAGCUCCAGUCUAACGCUCCGGCGACUUAUGGUGACAAUAAUCAGCGGACGACCAACACGGCAGAAGAUCUACACGCCUGGUCCAUCUACAGACAGAAUCUCAAUUCAGAUUUCGCCGAUUCGGCACUCGGCAGCAACAUGAAAGCUCCGUUACCUUACGGCAACUUCCAGUUAGACUCCACUACCAUUAAUUCAAUCAUGAAUCAUCCGAAGUGUGGACCUAAAUCAAAUCUCGCUCACAACACGAACGCCUAUUUGAAAUUCGGCUUGCCUCGCGUGGUGGCCCGUUCGGGUCGCGAAGAGUCCAGCGGUUAUGAUUCGAGUAACGACGGCUCUCCCGUCAUGCGAUCCAAGAAUCUUCUGUUAUCUCGCAGCGAUCCAGACUUCCGCAAAAACCUCAUCCAGAAUCCGAACGGUGCGAUCGAUGGCCAACAAGGCCAUAAAAAUAGAAGCCGAGAGCAACGCAUGAAGAGCAUCAGCGAAGCCAAUCUGCUGUCAGCUGAAGGAUUCAGGCAAAGACCUGAUCCGACCACGCCUCAUUUAAGCGGCGGCGGAGGAUACAACAGCCGUCCGGCGAGCCAGCAGUCUAAAUAUUCGAAAAUGGGCGGUGGUGGCGGCGGUGGGACGUCAUCUCACCUGUCUUUCCAUUCACGGCAACAACAUCGCAGUCGACAUAUUCAAGGUCUACCGCCCGGUGGUGGCGGCAUCGUAGGAAGCGUCACCGGUGCCGGAUUCAGCGUCUACCCGCAGAGGGACGAGAUCAUGCUCAACGAGAAAUACUUCCCCCGCGACGAGUACUUUGCUCAGCAGCAACAACAGUUUGGUGACGGCAGCAAUGAUGGCGACGACCUGACGGCCCAUCAGCCGCACAUGAAGCAUCCACAUUUGCAGGUGCGAGGACUCUGUUACGACAAGCCGACAGUCAACGGACAUCGCAUCCACUUGCUGGACGACAUUUCCUUCGAAGCCCGGGCCGGUGAAAUUCUUGGAAUUCUAGCAACAUCAGAACGGGAAGGAACGGCCUUGCUGGACAUUUUGGCCAACUUACCACGUCAGUGGGGCUUCAAAGUGCGGGGCGAUUUGGUUGUGAACGGCGUCACUACAACAUCGGCUGGCCUGUCCGAUCGGCUGGCCUACGUUCAACAGGACAUCCGCUGGUGUCCGGAUAUGACCGUCCGUCAGACGUUACUCUUCACUGCUUUGCUACAAGCACCGGGCCGGCCGGCUCGCAAUUUCGAUACCAAAGGCAGAAUCGAUGCUUUAAUUACGGAUCUUGGACUUGAACCGGUGCGGAAUACUCGAGUCGGGCGGCUGACAGUAUCGGAACGGCGUCGUCUCAACGUUGCGUCGCAUCUCCUUCUCGACACUGACAUCGUCCUAUUAGAUCAGCCGACCAAAGGCAUGGACAUCUUCGACACGUUCUUCCUCGUCGAGUACCUGCGCCAAUGGGCCGCUCGAGGACGUAUUGUCGUCUUGACUGUCCAUCCGCCCACCUAUGAAAUCUUCACUAUGCUCUCCAGAGUGGCAUUAAUUUCAUCCGGCCGGAUGAUGUACUGCGGCCGUAGACGUGAAAUGCUACCCUAUUUCGCCUUCAUCGAAUUCCCGUGCCCAGCCUACAAGAAUCCCUCCGAUUAUUAUCUUGACUUGGUGACAUUGGACGAUUUAACUGGAGAAGCUCUGCUCGAGUCGAGCCAGCGAGCAGAGCAUUUAGCCGAGACAUUUCGUCGUAGACAGGAGCCACUGUCUGAUCCUGGUCCUCCAGGAAUAUUGCCUCCGCGUAAUAAACGCGCUAAUUUCCUGCUCAAGAUUGCUGCUUUAUGGAUACGUUCGCUCGUGUUUACAUUCCCGACGAACUUGCGGCGUUGGUUCGCCGUCUUCACGACGAGCGUCGUCAUGUCGCUCGUUCACGGCGCCAUUUUUUGGAACGUCCGCUCAACGCAUCACGGUUUGCUGGCCGAGCAAGAGGAUAUUAACGACAGAUUGGCGCUGCACUACGUACUGGGAACGGUGGCCAUUUGGCCUACCCUGAUGCUGAUGAUCACCGACGUGUGGAAGGAGAGGGACUCGCUUGAGCGUGACGUCAACGAUCGACUUUUUGGCCGAUGGGUCCAUUUUGCUUCCAAGACGACGUCAAGUUUUUUGGCGGCUGGAGGCAUUUUCAUGGGCUAUCUAUUGCCAGCUUACGCCCUAGCAGGUUUCCAUACAGCUGAAGGCCUUUUCAUUGAAAUAGGUUACAUGAUGUUUUAUCUUUACGCCAUCCGGAUCAUGACGCUGAGUGUGGCCAGUCUCUGUUCAUCACGUCAUGUGGCCACCGUGGCCAGCGCUGUCCUGGUUACGCUAACCGCUCUGGGUUCCGGCUUCGCUGUCCAGUUGCAGACAAUGAACUGGUGGACGUCUUGGCUACGUUGGGUGUCGCCUCUACGCUGGACGCUCCAUUCGUUGCAACGGUUGGAUUUCGGCAACGCAACUCAAUCAUUUGAGUGCUCGAGAAACCCGUUGACACGACAGGAAGCACCUGGAUUGGUUCUGAAGAUACCGUGUGGCCUGUCCAGUGGCUCUCAGGCGCUCAGCUACUGGGCACAUCAAUUUGAUUGGUUACCCCUGGGCCCUUUGUUGCUACCUCUUUUGGCCGUCCUGGCCUUCUGGGCAUUAUUCGCUUUGAUUCAAUCGAUCGUCCUAUUGUUCUCGAAGCCAGUCGGCCGCAAAUUGUCGCGUCACAAAAAGAUGAAGUUCCGAUAAUUU